UCGUGUUCCCAAGCCACCAACGUAUUCACUCCUCGUGUUCCCGCCGUCGGACGCCCUCUUACCGUGUUAAAACCCCCUCGUCUCUCUGUCUCUCUCCAACUAGUCUGCUCGAAAAGAAGGGAGAGAAAGCUUCAAGCUUCCCCCUGAUGGCGAGAUCGAAGACGAAGCAGCUCUCGUACAUCACGGUCCCCUCUCAGAUCAUCCACUCCCUCUCCUCCUCUUCUCUCCAGAACCUGCUUCUCUCCCCCAAGAAGGCCUCGAGGUCGGGGAACCGCCUCUUCUCCCUCGCCAUAAGCCCAAAGUUCGUUCUUUCGUUCCUCUUUUUCUUCGCUCUGGUCGGAACGCUACGCAUCGGGUUCCACCUGGACCCGCUCCUCCCCUUGCCCCCCAUGCCCUGCUCCACCUUCGGCGAGGUGGCCACGGCGACGGCGGCACGGACGGCUGAUUCGGCGCUGCUGAUCGCGGCUGCGGGAGGAGGGGAGUGGAGGGAGGAGUUCUGGAGGCAGCCAGAGGGGAUGGGGUACCGGCCGUGUCUGGGGUUUAGCAAGGAGUACCGUCGGCAGAGCGAGGCGGUGCGGGCGGACCGGAGGAAGUACCUCAUGGUGGUGGUCUCCGGCGGGGUAAACCAGCAGCGGAACCAGAUCGUCGACGCGGUGGUCAUCGCCCGGAUCCUCGGCGCGGCCCUCGUCGUCCCAAUCCUCCAGGUCAACGUCAUCUGGGGAGACGAAAGCGAGUUCUCGGAUAUAUUCGAUUUGGAGCAUUUCAAGAGAGUUCUUGCGGACGAUGUCCGGGUGGUGUCGUCGCUGCCGUCGACACAUAUAAUGACGAGGCCGGUGGUGGAGAAGCGAACCCCUCUCCAUGUUUCGCCGCGUUGGAUUCGGUCGAGGUAUCUCAAGAAGCUGAACAGAGAAGGGGUAUUGCUUCUGCGGGGUUUGGAUUCCAGGCUGUCAAAAGACCUUCCACCUGAUCUCCAAAAGCUCAGAUGCAAGGUCGCAUUUCAAGCGUUGAGGUUUUCGGCCCCCAUACUGGAGUUGGGCAACAAGCUUGCCGUGAGAAUGCGGAGCAAGGGACCAUACCUUGCACUACAUCUACGAAUGGAGAAGGAUGUAUGGGUGAGAACUGGGUGUCUUCCUGGCUUGAGCCCCGAGUAUGAUAAGAUCAUCCAAGAAGAAAGGAAGCGCAGACCGGAGCUCCUCACUGGAAGGUCCAACAUGACCUACCAUCAGCGCAAGCUCGCUGGCCUCUGUCCAUUAAAUGCACAAGAAGUCACCAGAUUGCUUAAAGCACUGGAAGCCCCGAGAGAUGCGAGGAUAUACUGGGCUGGUGGAGAACCAUUUGGUGGACCAGCUGCCUUGCAGCCGCUGACCAGAGAGUUCCCCAAUUUCUACAGCAAGGAGAAUCUAUCCCUGCCUGGUGAACUGGAACCAUUUGCCAAUAAGGCUUCUCUUGUAGCUGCUGUUGACUACAUAGUUUGCGAGCAGAGUGAUGUCUUCAUGCCUUCCCAUGGGGGGAAUAUGGGACAUCUGAUGCAGGGGCACAGGGCAUUUGCAGGUCACAAGAAGUUCAUUACCCCAAACAAGCGGCAGAUGCUCCCUUACUUCCUCGACACCUCACUUCCGGAAUCUGAGUUUGAUCAAAUCAUAAAAGAACUGCACAAGGGAUCUCUUGGGCAGCCAGAAUUCAGGAAGAUUGGGAGGGAUGUCACAGCCUAUCCGGUUCCUGAGUGCAUGUGCAACAGUACAAACACAAGGUCAACAAUAUAGCCAGAUGUUGAAGAAUCUUCUGUUUCAUGGGACUAAAUUGCAAUGGAGAACUCUCCAGAGACAUUGCCCUGGAGUUUUCACCCGAGCAGCCGAAGACUUGGGGACCGAAUUCAGAAUAUGAGGGCUUCCUGCUGAUCUGGAGCCAAAGUUUUGCUAGGGAAUCCAGUGUGGAGGGUUGCCUCUCCAUCUGAAAUCAGAGUUCGCGUUAUAUAUACAGAAGGGUUGAGACGCACAGAUACACACAGCUCAAGAUGAAUUCAUACACAGAGCCCCCCUUUUUCCUCUAUGUAUAUUGAUGUUGUUAUUUAUUCUUUUUCCAUAUGGUUAUUCAUUAUGUUUUGGGAAUCAAUUAUGAGGAUGAUUAUUUUAAUUCUUUGCUGUGCUUUAUAGAAUGUAUUUACGUAUUAGUUAUUUGUAUACUUCUAGUUUCUAAUGGGAGAGAUCAUAAAUGAUUAAUUGGACCACA